AUGAACUAAGAUUACAAAAAUAAAUGGAUAAUUGAAAAUUAAAUUUCAAUUUAUAAUAAAUAAAAACAUUUUAUCCUUGAUUAUCCUCUACUUAUUGGAGGAUUAAAUAGAACAAAAGUAUUGUAUCAAUUAGAACAUAAUUUACUGUAAGACAGAAAUCAUGAACAAAGAAUUAAUUUCUCUAAUUAAUUUUCUUAUAUCUUUAUUAGCUAUCUUAAAUUCUGUGAUAAUUCUAUUUACUACCUUUUAUAAAGUUUAAGGAGGAGAGAGAGUUUGUUCAAAUUUUUAUUUAUUAUUAAAUAAAAUAUAAUUAAAAUUAAUUUAUAACACAACAAAGCAUUUUGA